CCGCAUUAAAGCUAGCUAGGUUGCUUUUGCUUUUGCUUUCAUUUUCUUUUUGUUCAUUCCGUUUUUCCUUUGGUGGCUUAGUUCAUAAGGAGAGAGCUCGCUUUUUAGAUCCUCUUCGGGAAAACCAUUCCCAAGGAGGAAUUAGGGUUUCCAAAGGGAUGAAGAAACGUCAAGUGGUGUUGAGAAGCGGAAGAAAUUCGAGCACUUCGUCUUUGGUGGUUCGAUACGGGGAGUGCCAGAAGAACCAUGCAGCGAAUAUCGGAGGGUAUGCGGUGGAUGGCUGCCGGGAGUUCAUGGCCAGUGGCAUGGAAGGGACUAAUGGGGCUUUAACAUGUGCGGCUUGUGGUUGCCACCGAAACUUUCACAAAAAAGAAGUAGAAAUUGAGGUAGUCUCUGAGUAUACUCCACGAAGUUCUUAAUAAGAUCAAUGGCCAAACAAUACUAUAAUAGAGAUUUUAUAUAUGAAAGCUGAUUAUUGCUGUUUGUAUAUUAGUAUUGUUGUACUGGAUUCUUAUCGUCAAAUAAUCUAAACCUUCAAGU